AGUGAUUUGAACCAAGGGGAUUUGAUAAGUCCUUAUUGCAUGAAAAAAAAACUGAGAAAGCUUCGAAUUUCUAAAGAGUGAUGAAGAAAUUUAUUAAAUGGGCAAUAGGAGGAGCUAUCUUGAUCAUUGUCAUAGUAGGCGUCAUUAUUGCGGUCGUAUUGAAGAAGAAGUAUGGAAGCAGAGAUCCUAUUAUGUGUUUCGCCAUACAUGUUGGUGAUAGAGCACGUUUAUAUGAUUUGGGAUUGACGCAUGCUGGCAAAUUGCAGGAAGAAGACUGUAGUCUUGAAAAAAAUAAGCGAAACAUUCGCGAGGCAAUUUUGGCGAUGGACGAUGUAAAACAAUUGUACGCAUUCAUCUUUUACUCAGACAUUGUCAAUGUGACAUCAUCACAGAAUUCUGCUGAAGCUUUAGAGAUUCUGGAUUCUGUAAAAUCCCGUGCCGGAUCAUCUUAUAGGCAGGAAUCGGUAGCGAAAGAGUACAUCAGUCAACGUAGCAAGAAAGAUCUUCUCGUCUAUUUUAUUCCGUGCGACUUCACCUACAGGGAAGGAGACGACGAUAUGGGCAAAUUUGUAACUGAGCUGAAAUCAGCUGGAGUAAAUGACAAAGUUUUAAUCGUCUCAAACACCCGACCAUCUCGUGACGUUGCUGAUUUAUACGCAUUGAGCGACAGUAACGUAGUAGGGGAAGAGCAUGACAUAGCUGGAAGAAUCUCCGAUUUUGGUCAUUCUAUUGUUUCGACGAGACCAACGCGCAAACCCAGACCAAGCACUUCUGUAACUUCCGGACCUCCUACUGUGCCUCCAGAGCCGUACAAGUGCCUGUUCGUUGGUGAUUUAUACAACUUUGGAAAUAAUGCAAAUUUCUACUUGGAUGAAGCACAGUUCAUCGGAGAGUUCGCUUAUGAUCUGUUUCUUGACAAGCGCACCGUUCCAAGCGGGGCGCUGUGGGCAUAUGGUUACUCAAAUUUUUCACAAACUCCCGAUCUCGAAAAAAUGUAUACCAACUACACUGCAUUUUUGAAGGACUUGAAAAAUAUGAAAUAUUUUCCUGUACAAGAUCCCAUGAACACUGCAUGUGCUAUUGAAGUGAUCAACAAUUUGCCGAAGGAUGAUGAGCGUGUGAAUUGUAUCGUUUUCAUCAGUGCAGAGAACAGCACUACCCUUCCCAAAUUGGAUCCACAAAAUGAGGAAAUCAAGCGAAUAGUUGGAAUUGGUUUCGCCGGUACCAACCUGAGUAGUGUAGUAGGCCAGAAAGGCGUAGCACUCACUGUUCCUUACUACUAUCUUGAUGAGGAUCUGCGGGAUGUGCAUGAGGCUAUUCUGGGCAGAUAUCCAACAACAACUACUAAGACCACGAAGCGCUUGACAACAGUGACUCCAAAGCCGACGAUACCUGUGCCUCUUGAUGAGUACAAAUGCCUCUUCAUUGAUGAUCUAUACAACUUCGGAAGCAAGAAUGAAUUCUACGAAGACGAAGCUGAGUUUAUUGCUGAGGUUGGUUAUGAUAUCUUCGCUGCCAAAAGCAAUGUCGCCACGGGGAUUUGGGCAUAUGGUUACACUAGGUUCCCAAGGGCUCCAUCACUUGACAGAAUGUGCACAAACUACAAUGACUUAUUGCAAGAAAUAAAAAGUUUGCAGUAUUCUCCGAUCCAGAACCCCAUAAACACUGCAAGAGCCAUUGAAGUGAUCAAUAGUCUUGGAAAUGAUGAGCGAGUGAACUGCUUAGUUUUUUUCUCUGCAGAAAAUAACACAAUGCUUCCAAAACUUAAUCCGCAGAACAAGGAAAUCAAACGAGUAGUUGGAGUUGGAUUUGCUGGAACGGAUUUGAGGAGUGUGGUAGGACAAAGUGGUGUAGCUGUGAGCGUUCCAUACUAUUACCUCAACGAAAAUGUCGAAGAAGUUGUGGAAGCUAUUAUAGGAAGGUGGUAA